AUGAAAUUAGGUAGUCUUGAAGAGAUGAUUAAGGCAGCAUUAGAAGAGGAACAGGCGUUAGAAAAUUUAAAGCCAAAAUUUGACAAAUCUAAUACAUUUACUUUUUCAAAACCUAAGUGUUUUAAUUGCGAAGGCUACGGUCAUUUAAGUAGAGAAUGUAAAAAACCUAGGAGUAAUACUAACUGUGGUACUAAAAAUGAAACCAUAGUAAAAAAAGAAUACGGUAGUAGUAGUACUUCAUAUUCGGCAAUUUCAUGUAAUUAUUGUAAAAAACCGGGUCACAUAGUUAAGGAUUGCCGUAAACUUAAAUACAAUAACGAACAAUAA